AUGUUCCCAUCUCCGCAGGCUGCCACGAGACUAUUGGACGAGAUGUGCCAUCUCACAGCCCAGUCGCUUACAUCACUGGAGACCUCGGACCACUUCCAGGUGGUCAAGAUGUUAGGGGAGGGGUCGUACGGGAAGGUCAUGUUGGCUGUACAUAGAAAAAGAGGUAAACUAUGGGUCUGUUUUAAUCCUAAACCCAGUUUACCUGGCCUCAUAUCUCCAGAAUUUCUUUCUUUCUUUUGUUCUGAUCACUUUUCUCUCUCUUCCUUCCCUCAAGGAACUCCAAUGGCCCUGAAGUUCUUUCCUCGUGAUUCUACAAAUCUCUUUUCCUUUUUGCGAGAGUAUAACCUCUCCCUCUCCUUCUGCACCCACCCGUCCCUGACCAAGUCCCUGGGCAUUGCCUUCUCCACCCCCUCACAUUACGUUUUCGCCCAGCAAGCCAGCCUCUUCGGUGAUCUAUACGACGUCAUUGUCCCUGAGGUAUAAUAUACAGUAUGUGUGAAGAACUUCCACUCCCAUGAGACAUUUGUCAGUAUUCUCUUAUGAAAUUUUGGUAACUAACAGAAUGGGAAAUGUAGUUCAACUGUGCCUCUCUAUGUCUCAGGUGGGUAUGGAGGAGGACUGUGUCCAGAGGGUGGUUUCCCAGCUGUGUGGUGCCCUAACGCACCUCCACUCCCUGGGCUUCGUCCACCGUGACGUCAAGCCCGAGAACAUCUUCCUGGUCGACGCUGCCUGCCGCUGGGUCAAACUGGGCGACUUUGGCAUGGCCAAGGCCACAGGAACCAAGAUACCUGGUGUGUGGUACAGCUCUGCUUACUGUACGCCCGAGGCAGAGAUAGCGAAGGAGUUGGAGGAUAGUAGCCAUAAUACUGCUUCAAAACCUGAUGGAGGAAAUGGGUUGGACAACAAGAUCAAGAGGGUGUGGGUGUCGGUGGAGGCCAGUACAGACUGCUGGGCCUUGGGGAUCCUCAUCUACGCCAUGCUGACUGGCAGUCUACCCUGGAUGCAGACCGCAUCCAACGACCGCUCCUACAUCAAGUACAAAGAGUGGUUUGACCAGCAGAAAGAUCAAGAUGGUCAGGACGAUGAACGAGACAUAUGGGGGGAAGGAAAAGACGAGGACAUCAUGAUGAGUUUGGAUGAAGACAAGCGGAAUCUGAACGAGAGAAAAUCCCAUCCGGUCGCCCCCCAGUUUACCUGUUUCACCCCACUAGCCUGCUCCCUUUUCCAGGCACUACUCCACCCGCAGCCUGGGCUUCGCGGUAGGCCCAACGAUGUGCUGGGCUACCUCGGAGGAGACUGGUUGCAGGAGAAGGAGAAGAUACGGUUGGAGGAGGAGAGGAAGAAAAUGAGAGGGCGAGAGGUAAUCAGGAACGAGAAAGAGAGGGAGGGAAGGGGAGAGGGAUAA